AUGCCGCCAUGCCGCGCUGCCGCACUGCCCCUGUGUUGGAUGUCGAAUUUCAGCACGCACGGCAGCGCCAUGUCGAUUCUGACGCGUGGACAGGCAUCCCGCCGGUCAAACGCCGACCCGAACCCCAAGGCGGUGAGAUCGUCGUUGCAGUCGCUGCUGCUACCUACCAAACCACCAUCCUCGUCUUCUAUCAUUCGAUAUCGUCCGCCGCUUCUCCAUCCUGCGCAUCUCUCGAAUUCGCAUCCGCUUGCUCCGCAUCCAUCCAGACACGCCUCAGCAUCGCACGCGCACAUCACUCGCAUCGCUCAUCUCACUUUCAAGGCGUCCAUCACGGCAUCCUCGACCAUGUUGAAGCUGUUCACAUCGAUACUAGUCGCUUCGUCGGCGCUGUUCAUCUCGCGCGCGUCCGCUCAAACCACAUACGGCAUCGGUGUGCCGAACAACGUGACGUCGCUUCAGGGCACAUGGAGCACUGGCGCCGGCCACGUGCUUACCGGUCUCAACUUUUACGACCCGGUGAACAACAGCUUCAUCUACCCGGCCACAGCAGGUCAAUCGUACAGCUUUACCAACGACGGCUACUGGGAGCAGGCGCUGUAUCUGUACAACACCAACCCGGCCAAGCCCAACUGCGUGUCGGCACAGCUCAUCUGGCAACACGGCACCUACAUCCUCAACCCGAACAACACGCUCACGCUCAACAUCUUCAAGGGCGACGGCAGACAGCAGGUUUCGGACCGAUGUGCCGAAAAAUCCAACUACGUUCAGAGCUACGACCAGGUGGAAAACAUGAACGGCUUCGAGAUUCACCUCGACACCCACUUCAACUCGCCCGCCUACUCGCUGCAGCUGUAUCGAUUCGAUGGCUCGCUUGCGCCGCUCAUGUACCAGGUGUUCAACCCGCCACAGAUGCUCCCAACCCAGCCUCUGCACGAGGAGAUCAUCGGCGAACUCAACAGCUCCUAG